AUGUCCAGCUGUUAAGCUGAUGACCUACAGCACACUCUGCCAGUGUAACAGAUAGUGUAGAGCUACAGUGACUGCACAGCUACAUCAUGGAAAACGUGGAAGUGUUUGACUCACCAGGAAAGGGACGUGGUUUAAGGGCCACAAAGGAAGUAUGGGCUGGGGAUGUUCUUUUUGCAGAACCUUGCUUUGCUUCUGUUGUCUUUGAUAGUUUUGCAGCUCAUGUGUGUCACAACUGCUUCCGUCGGCAGCAGAAGCUGCAGCGUUGUGGCCAAUGUCGGUUUGCACAGUACUGCGAUCGCACAUGUCAGCGUGCAGCCUGGGAAGAACACAAAAAUGAGUGUGCUGCCAUUAAGAGCCAUGGCAAAGUGCCCAAUGAAAACAUCCGUCUUGCUGCUCGUAUUAUGUGGCGUCUUGAUAAGGAUGGUGGUGUGAUCUCAGACCUUCAGCUCAUUACACUGGAUGACCUGGAAGACCAUAUCUCAGACAUCCCUGAGAUUGAUCUGAAGGAGCUCAAAGUAGAUAUUCACAACUUCUUGGAUUACUGGCCCAGAACAUGCAAGCAACACACUGUUGACAGCAUCUCACACAUCUUUGGAUUGAUCAAUUGCAAUGGCUUCAUGAUAAGUGAUCAUAAAGGCCUGCAGGCGGUGGGUGUUGGUCUCUUCCCUAACCUCUGUCUGGUCAACCAUGACUGCUGGCCAAACUGCACAGUUAUCCUCAACAACGGCAAUCACUCUGCCAUCAGUACUAUGUAUCAUACUCAGAAGAGAAUUGAGCUACGGGCCCUGGUUAAGAUCACUGUGGGGGAGGAAUUGACUGUGGCAUAUGUGGACUACCUGAAUCUGUCUGAGGACCGCAAACGCAUGCUAAAGCAGCAAUACUUCUUUGACUGCACCUGUGAUCAUUGCACCAACAAAACUAAUGAUGACCUGAAGAUGGCUGGUGCAGAAGUGGAUGGAGUUAAGGUACCAGAUGAGAAGGUGAAGGAAAUAACAGAAUAUAGUCAGGAGAUGCUGAAGAAAAUGGAGAAGGCCCGUAUAGAUGCAAACUACAAUGAGGUGGUAAAGAUCUGCCGAGAAUGUACGGAAAAGCAGGAAAACGUCCUUGCUGAUACCCACAUCUACCAGCUAAAGAUGUGGAGUACACUCAGUGAGGUCCUUUCCUACUUGCAGUUCUUUGAGGAGGCAGCUAUCUAUUCACGCAAGAUGGUGGAUGGAUACAUGAAACUAUACAAUCCAAACAAUGCCCAACUAGGCAUGGCUACAAUGAGAGCAGGAGUGACUCACUGGCAGGCUGGGCAAAUAGAGGUGGCACAUAGCAUGAUCUGCAAAGCAUAUGCCAUUCUCAUGGUGACUCAUGGGCCCACACAUCCCAUUACUAAGGACUUAGAGGCUAUGCGCAUGCAGACAGAGAUGGAGCUGCGAAUGUUUAAGCAGAAUGAGUACAUUUACCACACCAUGCGUGAGGCAGCGCUUAAAAACCAGCCCGUACAGAUGAUGUCAGAGCCAAUUGAGGAGGGUAUCAAGAGUCUUUUCCGCAAGAAGUGACCUCAAACAGCUCACACACUGCCAUCCUUAUGAUUACUUGGUAUGGAACUCAUCACUGUGACUUAAGAUACUCAGACCAGUUAUCAGUAUAACUGACAGCUAUUUAAAACCACUUGCAGUACUUUUCGGUAAUUUCUUAGAUAAUAUAAUCAAAAUAAAAUCAAAAGGUUUUUAGGUUGUAUUUUAUAGGUCAUGUAUUUCUUUUUGAUUUAAUAGCCUACACAUUUUGAAUUGUGUAUUUUGUAAAUAAAGAGUCAUCACCAGCUGAAA